GGCUGCACCCGCUCAAAGCUAGGAGCGCCAGCUGGUGCCGAGUGGAGCUGCCCCGGCCUCCGCCCGACCGGCACCCGCAUCCUGCCCCGUACUCUGCUCCGCUGCCGCCAUGUACGACCCCGAGCGCGGCUGGAGUCUGUCCUUCGGGGGCUGCGGCUUCCUGGGCUUCUACUACGUCGGGGCGACCCGCUGCCUGAGCGAGCGCGCCCCGCAUAUCCUCCGCGACGCGCGCAUGUUCUUCGGCUGCUCAGCCGGGGCGCUGCACGGCGUGGUCUUCCUGUCCGGGAUCCCGCUGGAUCGGACCCUGCAGAUCCUCAUGGACCUCGUCCGGAAGGCCAGGAGUCGGAACCUUGGAGUUCUGCACCCAUCCUUCAACAUGGGCAAGUGCCUCCGAGAUGAUCUGCAGGAGCACCUCCCGGACAAUGUCCACCAGCUCAUCUCGGGCAGGAUCAGCAUCUCGCUCACCAGGGUGUCGGAUGGGAAGAACGUGCUGGUGUCUGACUUCCAGUCCAAGGAUGAAGUGGUGGAUGCCCUGCUGUGUUCCUGCUUCAUCCCCUUCUACUGCGGCUUGAUCCCUCCUGCCUUCAGAGGUGUGCGUUAUGUGGAUGGUGGAGCGAGUGACAACAUACCCCUCGCGGAUGCCAAGACCACCAUCACGGUGUCCCCCUUCUAUGGAGAGUGUGACAUCUGCCCUAAAAUCAAGUCCACGAACUUCCUUCACGUGAACGUCACCAACCUCAGCUUCCGCCUCUGCCUGGAGAACUUCUACCUUCUGUCCAGAGCUCUCUUCCCGCCGGACACCAAGGCGCUGAGCGAGAUAUGCCUUCGCGGGUAUUUGGAUGCCUGCAGGUUCUUGGAAGAGAGCGGCAUCUGUAACCCGCCCCAGCCCAGCCUGAGCCUGUCCUCAGAAGAGGGGCAGCCCGAGGCCAGCGCGCCCUGCUGGGAGGAGCGGAGGCUGGAGUUGCCCCCAACUCCGGGGCCGGUGGACGGGGAGGAGCUGCUGGAGCGCCUGCACCUCAGCAUCCUGCCCUGGGACGACCACGUCCUGGACACCGUGUCGCCCAGGCUGGCCACAGCACUGACGGAAGCCAUGAAAGACAGGAGCGGCUACCUGAGCAAGUUCUGCAGCCUCUUGCCCGUGAGGGUGAUGUCCUAUGUCAUGCUGCCCUGCACGCUGCCCGUGGAGUCCGCCAUCGCCCUCGUGCAGAGACUGGUGAUCUGGCUUCCUGACAUCCCAAAUGACAUCCAGUGGCUGCAGGGGGCCACUUCCCAGGUGUGUGCCUGCAUGACUACGCGUCUGCUCCCCACCUCCAGAUUCCGAAGGCCAGCGAGCAGCCAGCCUGCACCUCCGCACCCCGCAGGACGCAACUCUGCUGGCUUGUAGAUGGCCUGGCCGUCAGCCAUGGAUGGGCCAGGAGGGGCCUCCUGCUGUGCCCGGCGCUCCGCCCUCACCACCAGCCUCACCUCCGGCCUGGGCAGCGUGGUAUGGGGUGCGAGGGUCGCUCCGCCUUCCGUGCCUUCCCAGGGAAGGAGUUUCCAAGACUCCUGAGGGGGCAUCUAGGAGGCUCUCCCCAGCGCUGAGCCUUCUCCCCUUCAGGCAGCCGCCCUGAGCUGCUGUUUGGUGACCUGUGCCUGUGACCUCAGGACCUGGCCUCUGCGCAGUGGUAGUUCGUGGGACCAGAGGCAGUGGCUUUGGUCUGACGGAAGCCAGUCAGCUACUUGGGUGCAGGGGCCACCCAGCCCCUGGGGAGACCUACUGUAAGGGUCGAGUGGCUCCAUUCAUUGAGGGACGGCCCCAGGAAGUCCGUUGCAGGGCCACCGCAGGCUGGCUCAUGCCUGCUGGUAGCUGGAUGGAGCCCAGGGUGGCCCGAGUUUGGACAGGGGGCUGGGCCUGGGCCAUCCUGUGCAAUCCUGGAAGCAAGAGAGCAGCGUGAUCCCACCAAGCCACACAGGAAGCCAUCAGUGCAGCGGGGGCAAGGCAGCCGUCCCCCCAGGGCCCACGGAGCUGCUUUCGUUCCCAGGUUUCCCUGGGACUGGCUGGGUCCUUAGCAGACACCACCCAGCCCAGGAGUGUUUGACGAUAACCACCCACUGCCUCAUGGAGGGUGCCUACACUGGUUUGUGAUCCUUAUUCGGAAGGAAAUCUGUGUUAGAGCUGAUGGGAUCAUGUGGGACUUACUUCCCUUCUUCUUUUGAAAAUUUCUCAACUUCCUUUCAGUUAUAUCAACUAUUUUUCUUAAAUUUCAAAGAAAAUAUGGCUAAAUGUCACGACUGGUGCAGUCUGGGGGGUGGCCCGUCGUGCUAGCUGUAUUUUUCUGUAUGUUUUACAUCCUUCAAAGUCUCCCUUUUCUACUUGGCAAAAGGCUUUUUUCAGCCUCCUUACAAUGAGCAUAUGUCGUAUCAUUUCUUAAAAACGUGCAUUAAGGAAGCCAGGAGGGGCAAUCAGGCUUGAGAACGGCCUCCACCCGUGCCUUACCUGCUGCCGGUCCUGCCUGGAAGAUUCUCACCAGCACAGGAAAACGCCCCUGGGUUCUUCCCUCCGCCAGGCCUGCCCUGCCCCUUAGUGCUGGGGUACCGUGUCCUCUGGAGCCACCAUGGUAGCAUAAUCGACGUCAGGGAGCAAGUCUUGAUUUGGUGCGCAGAGGCAAAACUGGGGGCAGAGUAUGAGCCCAAUUUUGCUUAAAAAAGAAAUUCGUGGGGGUGUGUACGUGCCUAUCCACAGAAAGUCGACGGCAGGGCAGACGGUGGGUGUUCCUGGCGGUUUCAGGGAGCACUUAUUCUGGAUGGUGUUUUACGUGUUGGCUUAUGUUUUCCAAAUUUCCAUGGUGAGCUGUGUCUCCUUCAGCAUCAGAAAAUGAUUCCUAUUAAACGUGAUUUUGAGUGCG